UUACUUAUAUUUUUGUAUUUUAGCCAUAUAUAUCUCUUAUAAGGUAUUUUUUACAUCAUAUCAUUUUCAGUUUAUAAAUGUUUUUAUUCGUUACUUAUUUAUUUGUACUUAUGAACCAGCAAUAGUCGGUAACAUCUCAACCUUAAAUCAAAUAUUAAGUCUCAAAAUUGUUCAUUGUAUAUUUAUUUAAUAUUCAUUUAAUUUUAUAAGCAACCGUUUUAAAUACUAAUUGCACGAUUCUUAUGUCGAAUUUCUUCGAUUACCCUAUUUCUUUAGACUUUUAUAAAUACUGGUUGACUUUUUGCAAAUGGUACUGCUUUCGCUAUCUACCAUCUUCUUUUCUCCAAUAAUAUUUCUGCUUAUAAUCGAAUUAUUUACGACAGAUGUAAAAUUCGAUGUUUGUUUUAUUUUCAUCAAUGAAAAAGAAUGCGAUCAGCCAACGAAUUAUCACAAUAGGGGUUAAAACAACCACCAAUGGUACAAGUUUCAGUUAGUACUUGUAACCAUGACUACACACGGUGAAGCAUGGCCGCUCGAUUAACAGUUUGCGAAGGAACAUUGCGCAGAAAGGUAAUCACGUACGUGGAAUGUUGGUGAGCCAGAUGGUUUUCGUCAAAUUAAUAUGAUGCAUCCAGAGUACUUUGAGACGAACAAUCAGUCCGCAAGCUGAAGAAAUGUUGUAAACCUUCGACGAUUCGAACAUCGAUGAAAAUGAAUCGAUACAUAACAUUAAACCAAUUAGGAGAUGGAACAUUCGGUUCCGUUGUUCUCGGGGAACGCAUCGAUACCGGGGAAAAGGUUGCCAUAAAAAGAAUGAAGAGGAAAUAUUAUUCGUGGGAAGAGGCGAUGAAUUUGCGCGAAGUUAAAUCCUUGAAAAAACUUAGUCACGCGAAUGUAGUCAAAUUGAAGGAAGUAAUUCGUGAAAAUGACGUGUUGUAUUUCGUCUUCGAGUAUAUGAAGGAGAAUCUUUACCAAUUAAUGAAGGACAGGGACAAACUUUUCCCUGAGCCGGUAAUCAAGAACAUAGUGUAUCAGGUGCUUCAAGGACUGGCGUUCAUGCAUAAACAUGGCUUUUUCCACCGCGACAUGAAACCUGAAAAUUUAUUAUGUAUGGGGCCAGAACUGGUGAAGAUUGCUGAUUUCGGCCUGGCCAGGGAAAUACGUUCAAGGCCGCCUUACACGGAUUACGUAUCCACCAGAUGGUACAGAGCACCGGAAGUGCUGCUCCAUUCCACGACUUACAACAGCCCGAUCGACAUUUGGGCGGUGGGUUGCAUCAUGGCCGAACUAUACACGUUUCGGCCACUUUUCCCCGGGAAAAGCGAAAUCGACGAAAUCUUUAAAAUAUGUUCCGUCAUUGGCACGCCGGAGAAGGAUGAUUGGCCAGACGGAUAUCAACUGGCUGCCGCUAUGAAUUUCAAGUUUCCAAACUUUUCUCGCACGUCGUUAACCGUUUUAAUACCAAAUGCUAGCCAAGAAGCAGUAAUACUUAUGGAAGAUAUGUUACAGUGGAAUCCUAUUAAAAGGCCUACAGCACAGCAAUCCCUAAGGUAUCCCUAUUUUCAAACGAACAUCCCGCGUAUGAUUAAUAGUACAAAGAUCGGUGUCACAUCUCAACGAGAUCUCGUUUUGAACAAAGUGAAUUUUCCACCCCCUGUUCCUAAACCGUACAAUUACGCCCAGCAAGAAGUACUCAGGACUUCGAUGGAAUCCAGAGCACAAGAGAAAAUGAUGCAGCAGCAGCAACAGCAAACGAUACUACCUUUGUUGAACCAUAAUAGUUACAUGCGCGAAAGCAAUCCCCAAAAAUUGGACGAGGACGAGUUUGCCGAGCUCUUGGGUAGCAAGAUCAUUCCUGAGAACGUGAACGCAAAGCUAGUCCCAGAACGACUAUACAAAGAGAACCGUGCCAAUUGGAAUGCCAAUUAUUUGCCAGAGAACACGCAGCAGAGCAACGGGAACUGGGUGCUGCCAGCUUGGAACGAGCCAUCGACCAUCAAUUGGAAUCAGUUGCAGCCAUCAAACGUGAAGAAUGGUCGAAAAGCAUCGGGGAAGCAACAUUACAUCGCUGUGGCUCGAUACGUCGCUGGUCCAAGUGCGAGUUUAGCGUCCAGAAACGGUGACUCCGACCCGAACAGGCCUAGAUUAAUACGGAACCUGGUUGGUCAACCGAUGGAAAAGUACGAAGAAUUCACCGAUUCCUUCUGGGUACCUAAGAACUCUGUCGAGAAUCAGACGAGACAAUAUUAUAUUCCACGAAAUCGAUACCUCACCGAUCAAACUUUAAGGUUGCCUUAUCCCAGCGUUUAUGGUACACAGAAUAUCAAAAAUACAAACAAAGGAACACAUCAACCAAUCGCAUACGGAACUGUGCUGAACACAAAAGGCAGCGGAAGUCUUCAUGGUCGAACAGACUGGGCUGCUAAGUAUCUCAAAUGACUGUUUGAAAACUAUGCGUACAUUUAACUUAGCGUAUUCAAUUUAUUUAACUGUGAUAGAAUGGCGUUUACCAUUUCAUUCCACUGUAAAGGAAACAUAAAGGUUUGACGGUCUUUAAGGGCAUAAUCACUUUGCUGAUUAAUCAUUUUUUAAGCCGCUAUAGUGAUUAUACUCUUAAACCGGUUUGGUUAAUAUCUAAUGAACCGGCCUUAGCUUAUUGUAAUAGGUAGGGAAAAUCUGAAAAAAAAGAGAUUUGUAUCACUUAAAUUUGUUAACAAAUAUUAUUGCGAAUUAUUACCAAUUAAGUGACAGUAUUUUGAUAAUACGUAUAGCAUUCAGUACAUUAAUUUGUCCCCUUCUUUUUUUAGUAAAGGAAAGAAAAAAAGCGAGAUCAAUUAAUUGAUGUAAGGGAAACUAAUAUAGGAGACAGUAUCGAUUAAUGAUAGUGAUCAAGAGUGUAAUGUUUGAUUCGUAAAGAGUAUUAUACUUGGAUAAGAUAUAUUAAAGAAUAUAAUAUAUAUAUAUAUAUAUACAUAUUUAUUAUUUGUACAUGUUAUUAAUUACGAUGUGGAGUAACUUCUAAUACGUAGAAGACUAAUGUAAAAAUUGAUCACACCUGCCCUUCUUUGUAUACGUACUCUUUUAACGAGUAUAUAUAUAUAUUAAAGGCUGUACAGAAUAUUACUCCAUGUCGUAUCUGACAUACGGAUAGUUACAUUUUAAUGAAAAAUAUGAUUAUCAAACAAAAGGACUCUCCGUAUUUUCUACACACAAUCGUUUAAGAAGCAUUCUUAUACUGUACACUCAUAAUCAUACCUCAUCACUCAUUUCAUAAUUCUAUUACGAUUUUUUUUAGUAAUCCUCGUAUAAAUUCCCCUAAUUACGUUCGACCUUUGGAGUAUCUUUCUCCCACGUGCAUUUUUUUUUCUUUUCAUCUCUUUUCUCUGACAUAGGUUUUAGCAGAUAUAUCAUGGAACUUAUAUUGCAAGUUUACGAUACUAAUGAAAGGGCAAUAAAAAAUAUACCGUAGUCGCCUAACGAACCACUAAAAUAUCUUUUCUCGCCUACGAUGCGAUUGUAAAACUGGAAUUCAUCUCAUAAAAAAAUAUCUCAGAAAGGAACGUGCCGUGUUUUCGUUUUUUCCCUGUACUGAAGAUCCCCCAACACUUUUCUCAAAUUUUCCUAUUCGAUAAAUUUUCAAAACCCCAUUCCAUAUCUCGAUAUGUUGAGAGUAAAGAUAUACACAUGACAUGUAUGUAACGACUUGUCGGUUUUCCGCGAAUCUUAACAAUCUUACUCCACACUGAGUCUGAAAAAGGUGUCGACGUUUUGUGCAUCCGGAUUACGAUCGGAUAAAACAAACCAUCGUACAAGAGAAAUUGUGAUAGAAUCGAUGAUACGAAUCGAAGAUUGAUAUGAUUAAUUUGCAUUACCUCGAAUUUGCGUGUGUAUGGGUAUGUAUAGACAAUUCUUACGUGUGCAUGUUUUACGUGUAAUCCCGGGUUCAUGUGUGUGUUGUAUGUUGUGUGUUUGUGUGUGUGUGUGUGUGUGUGUGUGUAUGUAUGUAUGCUUCAUCUCUAAACGAUUUCUAGAUAUAUCUUGAAUAUAUGAAAUACAACUGUAAGCUGUUUGGAUGGGUGGUACAUUUGGUGAAUAUUACGCAUAUACAUUUAUCUAUUAAGAUGUAAUCUUUUAUACUUUGAAGUGUAAUCCAUCGUUGGAACGUUCGUAAAAAUGCUUCCGAGCUUUAAAUUGUCGGUUAAGUCCAUUUAAUUCACGAGCUUGGAUGAGCUUCAUUAUGUGAUUUAAUAUAAAACAAACGUUAAGAAAGAAAUAGUGAAAAGAAUUCUGGUAAAGAAUCUACCCUUUCUUCUCUUUUUUAAUUAUACGUUUAACUUCUAUAUGAGAACGCGUGAAAAUAUGAUCUUUUGCAGAGUGUACCUAUCCAGUGUGUAAAGUUUCAUUCAGUGGCUACAAAGAUUGAGAAUAUUUGAUUAUAAACCUUUCCAGGCAACAAUAUGGAUAUGUUUCUGGGCGUAUUAACUUAGGUAAAAAACUACGCGCUCGAAAAAAACACAUGCUUUUCCUCUUUUCUUCUUUUUUCAUCGUUUUCUUCGUUUCAUACGGAAGUAUGUUGUAAGUAUAUAUAUCUUACAUUUAUAAUUAUUAACUAUU